UAGCAUUGCAAUGAUUAACUGAAGAUAUGUAUAAUGGGGAUGAAUAGCCAAAGAAAACUUAUCAAACAUAGUGUAGAAUGAAAUUUGGCACAGAGCUUCAAGCUCAUCUUACACCAGAAUGGCGUCAACAAUACAUCGAAUACGAGGGCUUAAAGACCCUUCUGUUUUCUAUGCUCGACAAAAAGCAAGAGUAUCAGGAGGAUUAUUCAGAUAAUGAAGAGGAAGAUCCUGACGUUCUAAAUGAGCAGUUUGACCACUCCUUCUUUGAGGGUGUUAUGUCGGAAAUUAAGAGGAUAAAUGUCUUUUACAAGGAGAAGGAGAGUGAUGCUCAAACGAGAUACACGAAGCUUACAUCUGAGUUUCACAGACAACUUGAACUUCUUCACCACCAGUCGCUGGGGAAGGAAACAUCAGAUAUCAAAGGAAAGAAAGUGGUGGCAGUUCAUCCAGCUAGAAUCAAGAAGCUCGAGAGUAAGAUAUACGAGAAAUUCAGGAUGGCUUUUUCUGAGUAUUAUCUGAAUCUUAUCCUCCUUCAGAACUACCAGGCUCUUAACUACACUGGAUUCAGAAAAAUCCUCAAGAAGUAUGACAAGGUCAUGGAGUCAAAACGUGGGAAAAAGUGCUUUGCAGCACACGUCAGAGGUUCAUAUUUUGAAAAGUCUAAAGAAGUUGAGAAACUCAUCGAAUCAACUGAGAAAUUUGUGACGAAUACACUUGAGAAAGGCGACAGAAACAAAGCUAUGCAAAAGCUGAGAGUACCGCCUCUAUCUGGCCUUGAACUGCACGAACACUCUACAACAUUUAAAUCAGGGUUAAUGACCUGGACUAGCUGCUUCCAUCUGCGCAGUUGUCGUCCUAGCCAGUCUUGUACAAGAUCAGUUCGUAUAUUCACGGCUCCGAUAUUCCCAGUCCAGUUUGCUGAUUUCUUCAUAGCAGAUCAGUUGAACAGUUUAGCUACAGUUCUCCUGGACAUAUCCUUCGUUUUCUGUUAUUAUACCACAUAUUGGAGUCAAGGAGACGAAAAAUGCACAGAGCCGGGUAUCUGGUAUCGUAUCCUGAUAGCCACCCUCCCGCCCUGGUUCAGAUUCGCUCAGUCUGUUAGACGUUAUUUCACCACCAGUGACUGGUUUCCUCAUUUAGUCAACGCUGGAAAAUACUUCUCGUCUAUAGUCGUCAUCAUUCUGGCUAAUGUAGCUGGAAUCAUACAUAAAAACAAGGACGGUGAUCAGACCCUUCUAGGACUCGAUAUAUUUGCCGCAUACGUGGUUGUAGCCUGUAUAUCUACAUUGUACGCGUACUGGUGGGACAUAAAGAUGGAUUGGGGCUUUCUAGACCACACCUCUACCGGUCACAAGAACAAAUAUCUUAGAGAUGAGUUGCUGUACGCUGGGGGAAAAAAGUUUGUCUACUUUAUCAUCAUGGGACUUGAUUUAGUACUGCGUUGUGUCUGGACAAUCAACAUUUCUUUAGCAGACUGGAAGUUUGUUCACAAACAAUAUGUCAUUACGGGCACUGCUUUACUUGAAGCACUCAGGAGAGCAGUCUGGAAUUUCAUUCGGCUGGAGAACGAACACCUGAACAACUGUGGUCAGUUUAGAGCAGUACGGGACAUUAACGUCAGAGUUAUCACUGAGCACACCAAACAUGACGAAGCAAAGGACGAAGAUUCCGAUCGGGAAGAUAUAAAGAAGCGAACACCCUCCGGCACUCGUACCCGCAAACUGAGCCGCGCUAAGUCACGGCGACUCAGUGGAGCGAGUGGUGUCAGUUCGAAGGCGAGCACCCAGGCUACAGCGGUGGAUCUUAAGCUGAACUUGAACACAGCGAACACUAGUGUUUAGAACAACGUGGAGUUGUUAGAUAUAUAAAAAUAUCUAAAGAAAGUUUAAUUCCGCUGGUCUAUCUUCAAGUUCGGAUCUUUGUUUUUUGGAGGAUA